AUGCCGCACAAUUUGACCAGCGAGAAUGGCUUCCCUUUUGCUCAGACACUCGUGUUCCCCAGCGUGUCUGUGCCGCUUGAGAACAGCUUGGGAUUCGAUACGCCGAGCCCCACGGAGACUCAGGACACCCCGCUGAGCAAUGGCACCGUGUACUCCGGCGCCAGCAGCCCGUCGGACUCGUGCAUGAAGCCUCUGUGCCAUGGCGGCCCGGAGGAGCGCGCGCCCUACGGCGAAGAGAUCAAGUACGUGUCCGCGGAGGAGGAGGAGGAACUGGCGUGCGGCUGGGGUGCCUUCACGCCCGGCUGCCUGCAACUCUUCAAUACGCCCAAGGGCAUCCUCUUCUUCCUCUGCGUGGCCUCCUUCCUGCAAGGCAUGACGGUGAACGGCUUCAUCAACACGGUGGUCACGUCCAUUGAGCGGCGCUUCGACCUCCGCAGCUACCAGAGCGGGCUCAUCGCCAGCUCCUACGACAUCGCGGCCUGCGUCUGCCUCACCUUCGUCAGCUACUUCGGCGGCAAUGGCCACAAGCCGCGCUGGCUGGGCUGGGGCGUGCUGGUCAUGGGCCUGGGCUCCCUGCUCUUCGCCUUGCCCCACUUCACCACAGGCCGCUACACGGUGCGGUUUUCCGAGGACAUGGGCACCUGCGCCGCCAACCGCAGCCAGGCCUGCGCCCAGGCCGCCUCCAGCCUCGCCAGCUACCGCUUCGUCUUCAUGCUGGGCCAGUUCCUCCAUGGCGUUGGUGCCACCCCGCUCUACACGCUCGGCGUCACCUACCUCGACGAAAAUGUCAAGACUAACUACUCCCCCGUGUACAUUGCUGUCUUCUACACUGCUGCAAUCCUUGGGCCUGCAGCGGGUUAUCUGGUAGGAGGAAUGUUUCUAAAUAUUUAUACUGAAAUUGGCAGAGAGAUCGACAUCACCCCGGAAAACACGCACUGGGUGGGAGCCUGGUGGAUCGGCUUCCUCGGCGCAGGAGCAGCCUCCCUGCUCAUCUCCAUCCCCAUCCUGGGCUACCCUCACCGCCUCCCCGGAUCCCAGCGCUAUAUCGUGAUGAGGGUGUCGGAGGCCCAUCAGCUGAAGGACGGGAGCCACAAGAAAGCAGCAGAUCCUGACUUCGGCAAAACGGUUAAAGACCUGCCUCGGUCAGUACUGCUGCUCCUGAAGAAUCCCACCUUCAUCUUCCUCUGCUUAGCGGGAGCCACCGAGGCCACGCUCAUUGCAGGCAUGUCCACGUUUGGACCCAAGUUCCUCGAGUCUCAGUUUAGCUUAAGUGCCUCUGAAGCUGCUACCUUUUUUGGUUAUCUCGUCGUGCCGGCCGGAGGGGGAGGCACAUUCCUUGGAGGAUUUCUUGUGAAUAAAUUUAAACUCCGCUGCUCAGGAAUCAUCAAAUUGUGUUUACUUUGCACGGUGUCAAGUCUGCUGGCUAUUUUCAUCUUUUUCAUUCACUGCCCUAAUAUGCCUAUGGCAGGAGUAACUCAGAUGUAUGAGGGAAGCGCUUUGCUGGGAGGCCGCCUCAACCUGUCGGCCGCCUGCAACGCCGAGUGCGGCUGCCUGCGCGAGACCUACAGCCCCGUGUGCGGCAGCGACGGCGUCAUGUACUACUCGCCCUGCCACGCGGGCUGCAAAGCGUCCAGGAGGCUCAGGAGCGGCAAGAAGGUCUACAGCGAGUGCAGCUGCGUGGCCGCGAGCCGCCGCUCCGGCCCUGGCGAGGCCGAGGCCGGGAAAUGCACCUCCUCUUGCGCAAAGAGGCCCCUGCUCCUCUUCUUCAUGUUUGUGGUGAUCCUCUUCACCUUCCUCAGCAGUAUUCCCGCACUGACAGCAACUCUGCGGUGCGUCUCCGACAGGCAAAGGUCGUUUGCGCUGGGGAUCCAGUGGAUCGUCGUCCGAACUCUAGGAGGCAUUCCCGGCCCCAUCGCCUUCGGCUCCAUGAUUGACAAAUCGUGCCUGCUUUGGCAGGACCAGUGCGGCGAACAAGGAUCCUGCUACGUUUACCAGAACUCAGCCAUGAGCCGCUACACCCUCAUUGCUGGACUCGUCUACAAGGUGCUGGGAACCACCUUUUUUGUAAUCGCCUGUUUACUUUACAAGCCGCCGCCGGCAGAAUCUGCUCCGGGAAGCUCGGGCACAUCGGAAAACGGCAACGGUGACCUCCAGGAGAGCAAACCUCCGCUCCAGAGCGACGAGGACAAAUAG